AUGAACCGCGAUCACAAUGCCAGCCAUGGAGAAGAGUUACCCAGCUCAUUUGAGGAAGGGUCUGGACAGCAAUCUCGAUUCGGCAAAACGGUCGAGCAAAUGCUGGCCAUCUUUCUGCCCUCGCACGCCAGGCGCAACAAGAUCGAUCUCUCCACCACUAAUCCUCUUCCGUGGCUUGUCAAUGGCGGAGCACUACCAGAGCCAUCGACCGUCGCAUUCAGGCACGACACGGGCUUGCGCAGUCUCCUAGUCGAAUACCUCCAGAACGUUGAGCCUCUUCUUCGGGAAGGAUCCGACGAAGCAAUAGUCCUCGCCGCCCUCAAGUCGACUUUCCAUGAUGACGCCCUGAAACUCUUGAAAAAGGUCGGCAACGAUGUCACUGCCGUCGCGAGUUGGGCAUGGGUGUUUGCCUCGCAAAAUAUGGAUCUGGCGUUUUCUAGAUAUGUCGCCCUGGCAGCGGAGACGCGCAAGUCUGGGCAUGGGCGGAUUCCCAAAUUUGUGCCUUUACAACUUCUACGUGCCGAAGAGGUUAGCGCGCCAUCUCUUAAGGCAUUCAUCCAGAGUAUAUUGGAGGACCUGGAACUAUGUUCGAGUGCGAAAGAAUACCUUGGUUGGAACUGGGUUACACGAGUCUGCUUGGUAGUUCGACUUCUUCGGCAUGCGCGGCGGGUUGCACCCGAUUCAUUCGAGGAUAUCAGCCUCAUCAUCAAGCACCUCUUUGCCGACUAUUAUACUGUUCAUCCUCGAGAGCUUGAGAGAUCCGAGUUGCAACGGCUGUGUCACAUAUUCAACCGCUUUUUGUCGCUACUAUCCUUCGCGCCCUUGAGCACACCAUUUAACGCGUAUCUCUUUCAGCAGAACGCACAACUGGCCCUAGUUCGACUGAUGUUUGCCUCCAAACCACAAAUACCAGUAACCCGAGAGGGUUACCGCGGUCUGAUCGCGGUACAGCUUCUGCAUCGCAAGACCGCGCACGAGCGCACAUGGGCUCAAGCAAAAUCCCUAUCGUGGCCUCCGUGGCGGCAGAUCAACAUGGGAAUCGAACGGGACCUUGAAUACCCGGGUAAAGAAAGCCGGGUCAUGAAAUUGCUACGACGGAUGCAAGAGGCCGGGUACACGCUCGGUGACUGGGAGAGAAGCGCCGCUGUUCUGGCCGGCUGGGACACAGAUGGUAGCCCGACCAUUCAAACACGGGCAAUCCUGAUGCGGCAGCGGCGUCCCUGGCUCUUGCAGCAGGGAGAGCAGGUCAGCGAUAGGACCGCAUGCACGGAUGCACCUGAGGUGUGGGCGGCACGCAUUCAAGCCACAAGAACAAUCCGAGAGGCAUGGGCCUCCUUUCGCUCUUAUGAGCUGGCCAUCGGAACUCUUCGGCCGGAUUACCGGCCGUACUUCGCCAUGUUGGAUAAGCUGCUUGCGUCCACCGUUGCGUCGACAUCCCCUCUAGCAUGGAAAUACAUGCCAGGCGAUAUCAAAGAAGCUUUUGAAGUGUCAGGCAACCCUCGCGAAGUGGUCUAUGUUGACGCCGAUGUUCCGUCCGUAGACGAGUUUUACCAGGCCAUGUUACGCGCUGGCAUCAAACCGGGCGGUAAUCUCAUGGCCAGUUUGCUGAAACAAAGUCCCAGUGCUGAGGCUGGCUUCGCCUAUAUUCGAGACAGCGGUUGGGACGAGGUCACCAAAGACGUCCUACGACACGCUGAAAAGUAUCCUGUCUCCGUCAUACGCCACAGUCUCGACAGGCUUCCGCUUCAUGCCUUGGCUGCCUUCGUUUCGCUUCUUUGCCGGAGUGGGCCAGAAGAUACAUUGGUCUUUCGGGCUGUCGGCUACCUCGACGCCAACAGACGAGAAUUAAUCUGCAGAGACGACUCCGACGUCCCUGCGAUGACAUACGCGUCGCAGCUGUUGGCGGCAGCAGGGAUCACCGACAUUAGCGUGUGGAACGCGCUACUCGAUGGAGCAUCUGUUGGCGUCGCGAAGUAUCUCAAUGCUCAGGGCGUGGCAUUCAGAAACGCUGUGUGGCGCCGUCUCAAAUUGAUUCUCUGGCCUGAAAAAGUGUACAUCAGCCUUCAAGCCGAUUUGGACACUUUCCGGCUUCAGGCGAAGAUACUGCACCAGAUGUUGAGGUACGUGAACACGCGAAUAGAGCCCAAAGACAUUGGGGCACUCGCGAGGACGACAUUUGUUCGGGCGUUAUACGGUCGCACUUUGACCUUUCUGCCUUCACCCGAACUGGCUCUUCUGGUCGUGCCCCAGGUUGACGACCUCAUGCUUAUGGUGCGGGUAUUGGUGUCUGUUCAUGAUGUGCAGGGACUGGUCGCUCUGGUGAAAUGGAUCGGCGAGCAUCCAGGUGUAUUGGGAGCAAUUCCGAGGGAGUCAAAUUCCGAUUGUCAUGCCGCCGCAGCCCGUGGCGACGAUGGCAUGCGGUAUUCACUGCGCGACGUACUUUCCGCCGUCCGGCUCUUCCUGGGAGGGCCAGUAAACCCUCUGGUAGGUGAAGAAGACCCUGCACGCUUUGUCUCGCCUUUACCGCAUGAGCCACGCCUUAUCCGAGCAGCAGAGAAACACUGCCAGAAACUUGGUUGGCCGUCAGAUGACGAAGUUGCUUCGUUCUUCACUCACAAUGCUGCCUGGGUGGAAAUAGUUAGACGCGCAGCAGAUAGCAUGGCGCAGCGGAAAGCAGGUAGCAGAAAGACAUGA